AUGAUCGUGGUGCUGCUGGGACAUUGGGUCUUUCUGAAGGAGGUCAGCGUGACCCAAACCAUCCCCAAGAUGGACCACCUCGCUUGUUUCCUGCCUGGGACAUUGGCGCUGGACGUUUUCCACUAUGCCACGGAGCACUUUGGGCCACGGGCAGUGCAGCCUCAUUUGUUGGAAAAGGGCCGGGCUUCCGAACUCACUUUGGCGCACAAGCUCAUGCAAUCCUGCGUGCACAUGUACUUCCGGACCUCUUCAGACCUUGCGCCAGAGAUCGUCCGCUUCAAUGCGCGUGGUUUGCUGGAUGACCAGGGCUCCACGCACAACAUUUUGCGACCCGAAACUGUGGAAAGCCUUUAUAUGAUGUGGCGGACGACCAAGCUGCAGAUCUACAGGAAUUGGGGCCAAAGACUGCUGUCUGCAUUCUACCGCUUGAAGACCCCGUACGGCUUUGGUGGCCUUCACAAUGUGAACCGGCCUAGCUCCAAGCGCGAUGACAUGCCAUCCUUCUUUAUGGCUGAAACUCUCAAGUAUUUGUUCUUGUUGUUCUCCUCAGAUUCUGCACUUCCUUUGGAUCACUUUGUGCUCAAUACAGAGGCCCAUCCGGUGCCGGUGCUGCACACUUUGCUGGCCUUGGGAGUCAAGUGGCCCUGCCCUCGCGGCACCCCGCCAAGCGGGGGUCCCAGGACGGAGCCGUCCGAAGAGCUGCUCACAGCUUUGCAGGUUCUCUCUCAACUUUUGGAUGAUGGACAAAAAGGGCGUUCCAGAGUCUAG